GCUCAAGCCAAGAUGGCGCACAGGGAGCAAAAAGUGCGGCCACGAACCAACCCGUCCCUUAUUUACCUUGAGUUUGCUAAAACAUGUCGGCAAACGCCGCCGAUGAGGAGAAGAAAUUAACAAAAAUGCCAGAAGAACGUGAGGACGACAAGGGCACCGUGAAGUCGCCGGCGGCACCUGUGGACGGUGGUGCCAACAAAGCCGAUAGCACUGGAUCUGCCGCCGCCGCAGCCGCUGAUAAGAAACCGCCAUCGACCGAGCCGGCCGGUGGUGAUACAAAAGCGCCACCCAAGAAAGCGGACGAGAAGAGUGGUGAGGAAAAAUCGAAACCCGACGGUAAAACCCCGACCACCGACGACGGGGACGCUAGCAAAGCGGACGGUGGCGCACCCGGCCGGGACAAUGGCAGCGCAGACAAACCGGCACCGCCGACAAAGGCCGCGCCGGAACCGGCGGACGCCAAGGGCAAGAAUGGUCGCAAUGGCGCCAAAAAGUCGCCGUCCGAUGGCGGUACCGAAGACGGGGCGGGCGGUGGGAAGGAACAGGCCGCGGCCGGCAAAAGCCUCGGCACGAUCGCGCUGAUCGAUGCCAACAUUACCAAGGCAAAGGUGGACGACCUGCAGACGCUGCACACGAUACUGUACGAGGGACCGGCCAAGCCGAUGGUGCUGCGGCGCAACCUGCGCAAGUUCGACGGGUUCGAGUUCGGCGCGGACUCGGACGCGUACCGGAAGCGCGUGUCGGCCACCGAAAAGCUGGACGUGAAGAAGCUGGGCCAGCUGGCGGAGAUACUGGCGCUGGAGAGGAAGGGCAGCAAGGAGGAGCUGGCCGGGCGGAUCUGCACCUUCUUGCUGCGGCCGGACGGCGACGAGGAGCUGCCCGACGACGAGAUGGGCGAGGAGGAGGAAGAGGAGGAGGAUGAGGAGAUGAGCGAGGAGGAGGAGGAGGCACCAAAGAAGAAAACGCCGGCAAAGCGUGGCAGUGGUGCGUCGGCUGCAGCACCGGCCGGCCGUGGCAGGGAUAACGCCAAGUCGUCCAGCGGCCGUCCGAAGCGAUCGACGGCCGGCCGUGGUUACCAAGACAAUUCCUUAUACGUAGAUUACUCCUCCUCAGAGGAGGAAGAGGAGGAAACCGUCAAGGUGGGCCGCGGCCGUCGUGCCCGUCGAGGAUCGGACAGUGGAUCGGAUUAUAAUCCCUCGGCCGGGUCAGAUUCCGAUGCGGGCAAGCGAAGAUCGUCCCGCGCACCGACGCGCGGCAGUCGAACCUCGGCACGGAACGUACGCAAGCGGUACAGCGACGACGAAUCGGAGGAAAGUCAAAGCGACGACGAUUUCAGCGAGGAUGAUCGACGAAAAAAGAAGACCACACCGGCACGUGGCCGCGGCCGUCCCAGUGCUGCUGCCGUCGCCGCCCGACAGUCUCAGCGGGGCCGGGGCCGCAAGCGAAAAGCAGAAACUGAAAGCGAUGAGGAAGAGUCGGAAGAGGAGGAGGAAGAGGUCGACAGUGAGGACAGUGAUCGGCCGAAGCGGAAAUCGGUUGCGAAGGCGGGUGGCCGCGCGGCAGCUGCCGUAGCCAACAAUAAGAGCAAGAAUGCGAGUGCGGCGGCAAAGGGUGGACGAGGACAGCCGAAACGGGCGGCAGCAGUAAGCAGCGCCAAGAAGUCGCGACGGGGCCGUGGACGCAGCUCGUCCGGCGAAGAGGAUGAGGAAGAGGACGAGGAGGAGGAGGAGGAGGAGGACGAUGAGGAGCCUGAGAUGGAUGACAACGAAUCGGAGGACGAGAAGCCAUUAGUCAAGAAGGCCAAGCAGGAAAAGGAAUCCGAUACGGCUGCACCACCGAGCGAGGAUGAUAUCAAAGAAUACCUGAAAGAGAUCCUGGAGGAAGCGAACCUGGAAGAGAUCACGAUGAAAACCGUGUGCAAGAAGGUGUACGCCAAGUAUCCGGAGCACGAUCUGUCGCAUAAAAAGGAUUUCAUCAAGGCAACAGUCAAAUCUCUUAUAUCGACGUAAAGACUUCAGGCGCCGCACACAGUUUGGGGACGUGCGCACACACACACAUACGUCGUAUGUUUUUUCUUCUUUAAAUGGUUAUCAUAACAAAACGACAUCCGGAGAUAUGAUGCAGAUUGCAUCUAGUAGAAGGUUGGGAAGGUGAAACGCAAGAGAAAAGUUGCCCCGAGCGGUUUGUUCCUUUCUUCUGCAAACAUGCGGAAAAGGAAGAAACGUGCACAGGGAAAGAUUUACGUAGGAAUGGCAUGUACAGGGGAUGACCGAUUCAUACGAUUAUAUGAGCAAGAGGCAGCAGCAGCAGCAGCAGCAUAUUGUCGUUUAGAUAUAUAUACAUAAAUGAAAAACAGAUUAAAGAAACAAGAGAAAAACACAAGAUACAAAAUAUUAUCUAGAGCAAAAGGAGGGACACAAACAAAAACAAAUACAACUCUAUUUAGGGACACUGCAGCACGGGCACACACACCCACAUAGCGAGGGAGAGUAGAGGGUGAAAUGAACAAGAGAGCAGUGGGGCGUGCGUGUGUGUGCGAUGUUGAAUGUAGCUUAGCGAGUAUUCGAGUAAUAGGUGGAGUGGAAGAGAAAUGAAUUAUGGUUUGAAAAGCAUACACACUACACAAAACAUUUGACGGGAUAAAGGAAUUAGUCGAGGAAAAAUAACCUGCAUCCGGAAGGAUGAUCGCGGGUGGUCCCUUCUAUUAAUGCACACGAAACAAAACAUACACACUUUCACACAGAAAUGGACACACGUAUUGAUUGAGUGACGAUUAAUUAUUAUGCAGAUUUACUAUAUAUGACACAGAGUAGAAACAGGUAAAGCGGAAAAAGCAAACGGAAGGGAGCGGAGAGCGCAACAUCAAUUAGGUAGCCUUUUUCUAUAGCCGGCAGAGUAGUUUUCGCACUUAAAAUACGCAAAAAAUGCAAACAGAAAGAGAGAGAGAGAGAGGUCAAAUGCAUCCGACGAAGGAAGAAGGUGGUUGGUUGUGGUGUGUGUAAUGUCCUUGCGUGAGGAAAAAAUCAAACGUUUCGGCAAACAUAAGAGUUUAAUUAAGGGCUUUAAAACAAGAGAGGGCAUGUUACGGACUAAGCAGAAAAAGGGAAAUACGCUCCCGGGCACACCUCUUCCCCACAUUAAACAACCCUUCUUCACACAAAGAAACGAGAGAGAUAAAAAAGUACAUAGAAGGGACGAAGAUGACGGUUUUUUAGAUAAUGACAAAAUUCGAAGCAAAACUUGAGGAAUGGGCACAUAGUUUUUUUUUAUUUUGUAUAACCUACACAAACACAUACAACACACACCCACAUACACACAAAGGCACGCUUCAGUGCAUUUGAAUUAGAAAACUUCUCCUCUUUGGCCGAGUUGCAUUUCCCGAGGGCGACCGACGCAGAGUUGGAAAGUGUGAAAACGCUGUAGGAAUGAAUUGAUUACUGUAAUAAAUGUAACAACCGUUGAGUAAACGCAAUGGCAA